CGUCAUCCUUUGAGAUUCCCACACGAUCAUGGCGGCAACGGCUCUCUGUACUUCUCGCGCCUCCACUCUCCUCCUCUCCUUCUUCUCUCCUCAUCGCUCCAAGCUCUCCAUCGCUCGCCUCUCCUCCUCUUGCCGUGCCAUGGCCUCAUCGGACGUCGCCGGAGGCGAGAAGAUCACGGCGCCGUACGGGUCAUGGAAGUCCCCAAUCACCGCCGACGUCGUCUCUGGUGCGGACAAGCGACUCGGUGGCAUGGCCGUCGAUGAGGAUGGACGGCUUGUUUGGAUCGAGACCCGACCUGAUGAUGGAGGACGUGCUGUUCUUGUUAAAGAACCUGUUAAUCCUGAAGACAAACCUAUAGACAUUAUACCUCCAGAUUUUGCGGCACGGACUUUGGCCCAAGAAUAUGGAGGUGGUGCAUUUGCUGUCUCUAAGCACAUGCUUGUAUUUUCAAACUACAAAGAUCAACGUCUCUACAAGAAAUCCAUUGGAGAUCUUUUGCCAGUGCCUUUUACUCCAGAUUAUAAUGGACCCGCAGUUUGUUACGCUGAUGGAGUCUUCAAUCAUCACUUCAACCGUUUUAUCACUAUUAUGGAAGACCGUCGCACAAGUAGCUUAAAUCCAACAACAUCAAUUGUUGCUAUAGAAAGCAAUAAUGGAAACAUUCAAGAACCUAAGGAGCUGGUUGGUGGGAAUGAUUUUUAUGCAUUCCCACGCGUUGACAAUACUGGCAAGAGGAUGGCUUGGAUCGAAUGGAGUCACCCAAAUAUGCCUUGGGAUCGAACUGAACUUUGGGUUGGUUAUUUUUCUGAGAAUGGGGAUUUAUGUAAGCGGAUCUGUGUUGCUGGUGAUCUGGAGCUUGUAGAGUCACCAAGUGAACCCAAAUGGUCACCUAAAGGAGAACUAUUUUUUGUAACUGAUAGGGACAACGGGUUUUGGAACAUUUAUAAAUGGGUUGAGCACAAGAAUGAAAUUGUACCUGUUUAUACUUUAGAUGCUGAAUUUACAAGGCCAUUGUGGGUUUUUGGCAUCAGCUCAUAUGAUUUUAUUGAGAACAAUACAGAAGGCUAUAACAUAGUCACCACUUACAGGCAGAAUGGAAGAUCAUAUAUUGGAAUUUUAGACAUUAAUGAGAGCUCUUUUUCAACCCUGGACAUUCCUUUUACGGACAUCUAUAAUAUUGUUGUUGGACGUGGGUGCUUAUACAUAGAAGUGGCAUCUGCAAGCCAUCCCUUAUCAAUUGCAAAGGUGAGCCUGGAUGAAAGCUGUUCAAAAAUAAAAGAACUUUCAAUUGUUUGGUGUUCUUCUCCAGAGAUCACCAAAUAUAAAUCAUAUUUCAGUCUGCCAGAGAUCAUUGAGUUUCCUACAGAAGUUCCUGGUGAACAUGCCUAUGCAUAUUUCUACCCACCUGCUAAUCACUCAUAUCAAGGGGGCAUGGAUGAAAAGCCACCUUUAUUGGUCAAAUGCCAUGGAGGGCCCACUGGUGAGACACGCGGGGUUUUGGACCUUAAUAUUCAGUAUUGGACAAGUCGGGGAUGGGCAUUUGUUGAUGUUAAUUAUGGAGGAAGCACUGGCUAUGGCAGAAAAUAUAGAGAACGACUUUUGGGGAAGUGGGGUAUAGUUGAUGUUAAUGAUUGCUGCAGCUGCGCAGAAAUCCUGGCAGCAAGAGGGAAGGUUGAUGGAAAGCGACUUUGUAUAACUGGAAGGUCAGCUGGCGGGUACACAACAUUGGCUUGUCUUGCUUUUAGGGACACAUUCAAGGCUGGUGCAUCCUUGUUUGGUGUAGCUGAUCUGCUGUCAAUGAAAGCAGAUACGCACAAAUUUGAAUCUCACUAUAUGGAUAAUCUUGUUGAGGAUGAACAAGCGUUCUUUCAGCGGUCCCCAAUUAAUUUUGUUGAAAAGUUCACAUGCCCAGUUAUUUUGUUCCAAGGAUUAGAGGACAAGAUUGUGCCACCAGAUCAAUCUCGUAAGAUAUACAAAGCUUUGAAAGAUAAGGGCUUGCCUGUUGCUCUCGUCGAAUAUGAGGGAGAACAACAUGGUUUCCGCAAGGCUGAAAAUAUCAAGUUCACAAUUGAGCAACAGAUGAUGUUUUUUGCCCGAGUAGUUGGGCACUUUCAACCGGCUGAUCCAAUCCGUCCAAUUAAAAUCGAUAACCUUGAUUAGUACCUUGACGUCAUUUCAUGUAAGAAAGUAAACUGCUUUUUUAGUGCCUUCAUUCAAAUGGCUGACAUAAUUUUUAGACCAGGUCUUCAGAGAUUUCAUCUUGGGCUGCCAUAAACCACCCUUUUCAGCAUUCAAAAUAGAGCAUGUGAGGCUCCUUAAUGUAAAACUACCUACAUGUCUGUUACUUCCAAGGCAUGAUAUCUUACUUUCAUGUCCAAAUGUUCUUGACUAGCUUUGCAUUUCAAGUGACUUAACUUUUUCUA